ACACGCCACACACAAACACAAGACGACAAUGUCGACACGCACGCCGAUGCAGCGCUUGCUGCAGCAACACAAUGGCUACACACCACUACUCGUCCAAUCUUUCUCUCAACAACAACCAUGCUUGCGACAAAGCACACGCCUCUUCAGCAACACUUCGUACAAUGCAGCGGGUGUGCGCAACAACAAGUCAUAUGCUCCGCAACAGCCGAAUAUUAAGCAACCGGCGCAAAAGUCCUUUGAGGUCAUGAAGAAAGAGCAGAUGAAAAAUAUUGAGCAGAUGCCGAAUGAUGUCGGUUUGAUUCCUGGAACAUUCAUCAUGCCUUCAGGAGACAAACUACCCAGUCUCUUCCAAGAACCCGGUCUCCGCUUCAAACUCGAAAAAUACCGCAUCUGGCUCCGCAUAAAGGAAGUCUUUGGUCGCCACUACAUGGGCUACUUCCACGUAAAACCCCGCGCAGACUUCCAAACCUCAAAAAUCCCCUCCAUUUCAAAAUCCCUCUACACAGACAUGUACACCCACUUCGCCCAAGGAAACCUCUCGCCAAUUUCCUCUCAACUCUGCGAGAACAUCUACUCUUCUUUGGAUCAACGCAUCAUCGCCCGUGGUCCAAACACGGGAAUGCAAUGGCAGUUGCACCGUUGGUUGAACGAACCGAAAAUUGUCAGCCAUAAAUAUAUGCCGAUGAGUUUGGAAGAUAACAAGGAUAAAACCAAACAGACUACUAUUCAACAGGUGGUGGUGAGGAUGCAGAGUUUGCAGAGUUUGAAAAAGAUCAAGAAGGUUAGGCAGGGAGGAAAGGUUGUCGAGAUGUUGGAGGAGGGGAGUUCGCAGGUCGCCAAGGCUGUUACUGAGUAUUUGGUCGUGCAGAGGUUGUGUAAGAGAGGUAAGAUGGGUGAGUGGAUGGUUUGGGGUACUACUAGGGAGUCCAGUGUCGAGGAGGCUUUGGAGUCUUAGAGUGGUAUAUACGGGGAUCGGUUCUUGUACGAUAGUUUGAAAAAGCUUGUAGCAUAUUGUAAACAUAACAAAAGCU